GGAACAACGUACUCCGUGAGCGCAGGUGGUUGAAGAUUCGAGGUCCUCUGGUUUGGUUUGUGCGGGCUGUUGAGCCUGUGGAGCGAGUCGGCAGUCUUUACACAAUGGCCUCUGGUUACAAAAAAACGGCCUCUGGCACUACCCCGCGAAGGAGAAGUGGACUGAAACAUGAAUUGUCAGAAGAGCAAAAGCAGGAGGUCAGGGAAGCUUUUGAUUUGUUUGACACAGAUGGAUCUGGCAGCAUUGAUGUUAAAGAAUUGAAGGUUGCAAUGCGUGCUCUCGGCUUUGAGCCAAAGAAAGACGAAAUUAGAAAGAUGAUAGCAGAUAUUGGGAAAGAUGGAACUGGUGUCAUAGAGUUUGAAGACUUUUUGACUAUGAUGACCCAAAAAAUGAGUGAAAAAGAUAGCAAAGAAGAAAUCCUAAAGGCUUUCCGAUUAUUUGAUGAUGAUGGUACAGGCAAGAUUUCCUUUAAAAAUCUAAAGAGAGUGUCUAAAGAACUUGGAGAAAAUUUAACUGAUGAAGAGUUACAGGAGAUGAUAGAUGAAGCUGAUCGUGAUGGAGAUGGUGAAAUAAAUGAGCAAGAAUUCUUGAGAAUCAUGAAAAAGACCAGUCUAUAUUAAUGACAUUGUUACCUAAAACAAUAACCUGCAAAGGCUUGCAAAUAUUUCUGCUCUUUUAUGAUGUACACAAGGCAACACCAGGUUUCGAAUUGGGAGAAAGACUUCUUUUCUUAAUGAGAAAUCGGGAUGUGCCAAACAGUUCUAUUUUGUUAAGGUGCUGGAUUUAAACAGUUGCUGACUAGAAAACUAUGCUUCAGCUCUGGUCUGUUUAAGGUGUGUUCACAUGAUAAAACUUGCAAACCGUAAGAUCAGUAUAUUGGGCACCCUCCUUUGGGCUUUAAGGAAUAUAAUGAUUAUUUAUGAUCCCAUUAAGAACAACCACAACAACAAAUUACACUAGAAAUGAACAUAUAUUGCCAGUAAUCCUUAGAGAAUUUGCACAAUGCCUGUUUGGCUUGUACAAUUAAGCUGAUUUCUCUACUCAAGAACAUGUUCCUAUCUCAGCUAUUCAGGUGAACGUGAGCAUGUACUACCUGUAACUUCUCAUUAACUGCAGCAAUGUUCAACUUUUCUCCCUAAAACUUUGGGACAGGAUGGUAGUGGUAACUGAAGGGGACUUAUUGUGGGGUAGAUGCUGUCAGAAGCCAGUACAUCCUUAUGCGGUAAUGAAGCCAACCAGAGGUCUGAUCCUUGAUGCAGCUGGAAUAUGAGGGUUCCAUGAUUCAAAAUGGGAUGGUGCCACUCAGCCUUUAUGUAUUGUGCCUGCAACAUUUUGCAUCCUAGUUCUAUAAUUCUGAGAUGCUGUAGCUGAUGAACUUCUCCUACACAGUUACUCAAGUGCAAAGGUUCUCUGUCCCAUAUGGAAACCAGAAGUAAAUUUGUGUUUCUUUUCCCCUCACCCUGACCUAAAAAGACUUUUUAAAGACUUCCUGUACACAUCAGAAGAGCCCAGCCCACAAGGGUAGUCCUGUUUUUGGCUUUGAAUGGUUGUUGCUGCGAUGUGAAAUGCAAACCUUCAAAUUUGUGACUGUCUUAUAGAUUCAUUUGCUUAGGUCUUUAUGACACCACUUGUAAUAGCAUCUUGAUCACAUAGCACAUCUGCUCACCCCACAAACUGUUCCUUGAUGUUUUAUUUUUAAUUUAACAAAGGGCCAAACUGAUAACAGUUUUGUAACAGUUUCCCAAUUGUUUAGUUAUUUUUGUUUGUUUGAAGUGAAAAGCAGCCAUGAGAGUCUGCCAGUUUGAUUGGGAAAAUGUCAGGAGGAAGAGGAGCUGCUUAACCCUCUCCCCUCCAGUUGUCUUUCUGCUCAAAAUUGCCCUCCCCAGAUGCUUUUUGGCCAGGGAGUGGGAGUUUGAGCAGAAAAACAGCUGAAGGAGAGAAAGUUAAGCAGUCCAUCCUCUCCUGUCAUUCCUCUGACUAAAUUGGCAGCCACUCAUGGCCACUCUUCCCUUUAACAAUUUGUGAAUUUUCUUUGUAAAACACUUCUCCUACAUUGUGUGUGUCUUGGCCCUCUCUAUUUGAAUUUAACCCAUAUUACUGGGAUUGAGCUAGUAACUGUCAUCUAUAUAGGGAAUGGAGAGCCUGUGGCUUUCAAGCUAUUGGAUUCCAGCUUCCAUCAGCCCUAGCCAGCAUGACCAAUGGAGAGUUACAGUCUAAAAACAUCUGGAGGGCCACAGGUUCCCCAUACCUGCUUUAUCUAGAGGUGUGUACAUUAAAGACUGCAGUGUUUGAGUUUCUGCUGUUUCUAACUUGCAUAAAAACUCAGUCAAAUGUGUUCAUCAGGCUUGUGCACACUUGCAACAUUUCAUUGUAAUAUAUGCUUUACACAGUUAAUUGUUUUAGAAACUGUUGCUUGAUGUGAUCUAGGUUAACAGAUUUUUCCCCUAUAGCUAGUGUCUGGACAGCUAUAAAAGAAAUGACUCUCACCGCCUAACCAAGAUAAUUUGUCAAGUCUAUCUACUUAUGAAUUCUAGAUGUGUUAAGUGUAGGAAAUGUAUGCAGUCUACAGUCUGGUGUCACAAUGUUUUUAACUCUAUGAUCUUUAAUAAACCAGCAUAAUACUGUG